GAGGAAGCGGAGAGAGGGAACGCUCCUGGCAACCACGGUGUUUGUCUAGGUUGGAUAUUGCUUCAGGGUCGGGGUAGGGGAACCUUGGUCACAGUGGGAGGGAGCGUUGGUGUCGGAGAGGUGGAAGAGGACUGGUAAUAGGCUCGAAGCACAUUGGAGCCACGUUGCAGGCUGGCAGUGCCCCUGAGCUCAGCUCACAGGGGUGCACCCUCUCUCAGAAUCAUGCUGUUAGGUUUGGGAACUGCCCCGUCCUUCCGCUUGGACCACAGGAUGGCUGAUUUGGUUUUUUGUGAACCAACAGAGCUUUACAACAUCUUAAAUCAGGUCACAAAACUAUCCAGAUUAACUGAACCCAACUAUCUCUGUUUAUUUGAUGUCCGCUCCAAGUGGGAGUAUGAUGAGAGCCACGUGAUCACCGCUCUUCGCGUGAAGAAGAAGGGCGGUGAGUACCUCAUCCCGGAAUCUGUGGACCUGGAGUGUGUGAAAUACUGUGUGGUCUAUGAUAACAACACUAGCUUCAUGGAGAUGUUUGUAAAAGAUGCCGUGUCCGAGGAGGAGGAGGAGGAUGAAGAGGACAACACUAAUGAGCGUGGCAAAGAUCUGGUAUCUGGAGCAGCUGUGGAAUAUGGCAGAAUCCUCACCCAGCUCACCCACCACCCUGUGUAUAUCCUGAGAGGGGGCUAUGAACGCUUCUCGGGCCUGUAUCACUUCUUCCGGACCCAGAAGAUCAUCUGGAUGCCCCAGGAACUGGAUGCAUUCCAGCCAUACCCUAUUGAAAUUAUACCAGGCAAGAUCUUCCUGGGCGAUUUCAGCCAAGCCUGCAACCCUAAAGUUCAGAAAGAUUUGAGAAUCAAUGCACAUGUCAAUGUCUCCAUGGAGACCAGUCCCUUUUUCGUGGAUGACCCUGACAGGCUUCUGCACAUCCAGAUAGAAGAUUCCUCAGAAUCCAAGAUUUUUCCCUUCUUACGCCACCUCUGUCACUUCAUCGAAAUUCACCUCCACCUGGGCUCUGUUGUUCUGGUCUUUUCCACACAGGGCAUCAGUCGCAGCUGUGCAGCCAUGGUGGCUUUCCUCAUGCAUAAGAAUCAGGAGACCCUGAAGAGGUCUUGGGCCCAUGUCAAGAACUGCAAAAACAACAUGCGUCCAAACUGGGGCUUGGUGACUCAGCUGUUGGAAUGGGAGAAGAUUGUCCUUGGAAACUUUGUCACAGACAUCUCAGAUCCACUCUACUGAUCUCUGCAGCCCCAUGAUGGGUGCUGAAGAACCUUGCUUGGGGCUUCUGGUGGGUAGGGAGCCACAGUGUAUACCCAGGUUGGUCUGAAAGGAGCAGGCCUCUGCUGCCAUAAGUCUUGUGUUCUUCCAGCACUGUUUUUUUUUUUUUGUUGUUGUUUUUGGUACCAAGGAUCAAACGCAGGUCCUUCCACUUAUGAGGCAGGCGGCGGAACCACUGAGCUAAAUCCCCAGUCCUCAGCACUAGCUCUUCCUAGGCCUCUUAUUCAUAUGACAAGCAAGUGUGCCUUUAGGACAUCCUAGACUACCCCCUACUGUGCUCCUGGGGCCACCUCUGGCUGCUGGAGUGGCUGUCCCAAAUACCCCAUGACACAGACCCUCUGGAGUUGCUUACCAUGUGGUGGUCCGCAGGGAGUGUCAGUGCUUACCCAUGGGCAGAGGUCCUGGAGCUCCUGGAAUGAGGCUUCUUUCUUGUAGCCAGGCCCAGUGCUCUGAAUGUGCCUCUGGAGCACUUGGUAUAGAUUUCCUUUUUCUGCCUUUUCCCUCCCUUUGCUGGGGCUUGAUGACUCAGCUGUUGGAAUGGGAAGAUUGUCCUGGGAAAUUUUGUCACAGACAUCUCAGAUCCGAUCUACUGAUCUCUGCAGCCCCAUGCUGCUGUAGCCCCUUUGCUACCUGUCGGCAUUCACCAAGGAGAGAUCCCCCCUCCCAGGUGCCACACUCAGGUUUCUAUAAAAUUCCUCAGACUUAAGAUCUGGCAACCCUCACAUGACCAGUUAGGCGUCAGGACAGGGCACAGACAAGGGGAUGGGUGGGCAGUCUAGGAUGUCCCCCGGUGAGGGGGCUUCCUUAAGUUCAUCCAGCGAUUGUGCCCUGCCACCACCUGGGGGAGGCUGGGAUAUGCUGAGCCUAGGACUCUGCGAAGGCACGGAGGGGUGUUUGUAGGGGAAUCCCACGUCAGAAGGGCAAACCUUCAAGGAGACGUGAAGUUUUGUCAGCGACAAGAAGAGGUUUGCGGGCAGCGCUGGUGCUGAUCAGAACCUGGGAUGGAAGCAGAGAGGGCUUUGUGUGGUGAGGGGCCUCCUGGUAGGCCGGGCAGAGCUCAUGGGAAGUCUUGAGCAGGGCCAUGGUGCGAUAUGAGCGUGUGUUUUAGGAAGGGCAGUAUAGAGGCUGUGUGAGGGACAGGGGAGUUGGGUCAGGAGGUAGAAAGACCAGUAAGGAGAUGGCUGUAAAUUCCAGCUAUAGGAGAGGCUUGUAGUCCCUUCCCCAAAAUGUAGCUUCCCAAGGAUAAAGGCGUUGAGAGCAGGUGUCACCUCCCUGGGCUUUGGUUUGCUUCCAGCACAGUAGGCUGGGACACUGCUGGCGGCCCCUAGCGGUUGAUUCGGCGGCCUCAGGGACCUUAGCCUCAGACCCACUAGAAACUUCAGGGCGAGACGCCUUGGGCUCACGUGGCCCCAUCCCACCCUCGCCCUGGGCCCUGAUUGGCUGUCGUAGGGGGCGGGGCAGG